AUGUCUGCCUUGGAAAUUGUGGGUGGUGAAGAUAAAGCUAAUAUAGUUCUUAGGUUUUAUGAGAUGGCACUUCGUAAAAACUUCACAAAGGGUCGCAGGAGAGAAGUGUAUGCUGCUUGUGUAUACAUCAUGUGUAGGGUGGAAAAUAAACCAUUUCUUCUAAUUGAAUUCUCAGAACAUCUAAGGAUAAAUGUUUACGUGCUAGGGGCGGUGCUUGAAGAAAACCCACUUAUUCAGAACCUUGUGGAUCCUAGCCUUUUCAUUCACCGAUUUUCUGACCGAGCUACCUGUCAGUCAAACUCUAUUCAUGAUACUAUUGAUAAGACAAUGGAUGCUAGUGAUUUUACUUUGGAAGAGUCGGAGAAUUUAUCGGACAUCGAUGAUACUGAGGUGGAUGCCUAUAUUAACACACAGGAGGAGAAGAAGUUGAAAACGACUGUCUGGGAGGAGAUUAACAGAGAAAUCUUCAGAUAUAUGUUGGGUGAACCAGGACAAACGACAGAAGCGUGCUGCUGAGUUAAAAAGCCGUGGCCCUCCUCAAACUUUUGGGGAUGCAGUAAAAGGAAUGCUAGAUGCAAAGAAGUUGAGCUCAAGAAUUCGAUACGGACGGGCUUCUUGAUUCGGACGAGCCGGACCCCAAGAGAAGCAAAACGGUGGCGGAGGCGGUGGAGGAGUUGGAGGAGCACGAAGACGAAGAAGAUCCCGAAUUAGAUGGCUACGCUGACAACACCGAAGAAUAUGAUUAUGACCAAGAUUAUAAUGAUGAUUUACAGGAGUAGUAUUUUUCACGUAUACCUUGUCUUCUAUUAUUAUGCAAAUACCAUUAUUUAAUUAAUAACUAUAGCAAGGCUAAAGCUACAAUAUUUUUGGCUAAUUGAGAUAAUAACUUUUUGAUAAAGAUUACCAGGAAAGUGAAACUAUGAAUUUCACCUUGGUAGUUAGGUUAUAGGUGGAUAUUAGUUGAUGCACAGCUUCAUAUAGGAAAAUGCAUAAAUAUUGUUUAUUGAAUGAAGGCUAAAUAUAAUAGUAUGACACAAUAAAUAUGAUAUGAAAAAUUAAUGCAACAUAAAUAAGAAUUAAAGCUACAAUUUAUACGAUACGCCUUUUACUGGUCAUAUCUAUCUCAUUAUUGAAGAUUUGUUUAAUUUAAGUAUAUUCUUUUGCUUUUCAAGAUAUUAGUAAAAGUAUAACUACCUAUAACCUUAUCACUAUUCCCAUUUACAUUUAAUGUUAUUUAGGCAGUGCAUAA